AUGUUCAAGAACAUCUCGGACCAAUUUGGAUCCAUCCUUGUCGCUCUGCUAUCCAUCCAAGGUGUUUGCUCGGCACUUGCAGUCGAGACAAACCAGACUUUGGUCGAAGGCAGUGAGAGUGAGCACGGGGAGCUAGCUGUCCGCACAAGUGAUGAAUACACAGUCGUUCACAAAUGGGACGGCGGAGGCAUCGCGGCUUCUUCUGGAGUCGGACUUGUGAUCGUUGGAAUUGCCAACGCAUUCAUUAGCUACUAUGGCAAUAAGCCUGAUGCGCAAAAGAUUUGUGGAAAGUCAGCGACAAUCGCCACUACCGAGGAUGGAGUCGGCUAUAAGUAUUAUGUGUACUCAUACACAACCGGCAGUAACUGUGACAGCACUCAGCGAGCAAAGACCAUCACCAACAAGCUCUCUGAUGCAUUCGAUGAAUUGCAUUCUGAGGGAGCCUCUGCAGUGUGCCUUGAUCUUGAUCACCAUGGCACAUGGCACGGCGUUGUUGGACUCGCUACCGAUGCUUCAGGAAUCGACCCCAAGUCCGCUUGUUCUGACCAUCAUGCAGGCGCAAAGAGAAGUAAUGCUGGAUUUCCUGAGCUCGAGGAAAGAAGCCCCGCAAAGCGAGAUGAGAUCGGACUUGUGAAGAGAACUCCAAUCUCUGUCUCCGAGUCCGACAAGAAGUCGGGAAGCACCAAAUUCAGCCACCCCAAUAAAUCCCAGGCAGUUAUCCUUGGAAUUGCAGACAAGAUCUACCAGCAAAGUGCUGCUGGGAGCUGUGAUGGCAUUACAGGUAGCAUCACUGAUACCAACGGAGUGAGCUACAGCUAUUACUACUACGCCUCAGGACGUAACUGUGAUACCACUGCCCAGCUCAAGACAAUUGUUUCUGCUCUUGAUGACGCAUGGGAAGGUCUCGGCAGCACUUCGGCGCUCUGCAUGACAAUGGAUCACGGUGGCACCUGGCGCGGCCACCUGGGAAUUUCUGCGAUGCAGGGUACUUACCCUUCCCAGAAGUUGUGCUAG